AUGUCUGCAGGUGCCGUUGGUGUUGAAAAUAGAUAUUUGAUGAAAAAUAAAAAAAAUAAAAAUAAUUCGCAUGAAUGCAUAAAUGUAGAUAUAAAUCACAUUAUAAAAGAUAUAUAUGGUUAUAAAAAUGGUAGAAAAAGAAAUAUUCAAUUUAUAUAUGAUGACACAAUAAUUAAUCAAGACACCAAAAAAAUAAAUAAAAAGGUAAAAACAGAAAAUAAUAAUUUUAGUAAUAUUAUUAAAUGUGAUAACGAAAAUGAAAAUAAAAAAGAUGAUUCAGUAACUUAUGAAGAUAUUAAUAAUAAUAAUUAUUGUAAUUAUACCGAAUUUAAUGAUUUAAAAAAUAAUGAUAUUGUAAAUGUCUCACCGUCGUUACUCUCACCGAAAGAAGAGAACCUUAAAUUUAUAUCCAGAAAAAUUGAGUCAUGUAUAGAUAAUAUUUUAGAAAGUAUACUUACAUGUAAUGAAAUUAAUCAAGCCAAAAGAAUUAUGAUACCAUUAUUAAGUGAUUUUAUACAAAAUAAUUUUAUUAAUAAUGAUGAUUACGAAAAAAAUCAAAAUUCUUAUAAACUGAAGAUUGACACCUUACAAAAAGAAAAAAAAGUUUUAAUUAGUGCUGUAAAAAUUCAAUAUCAAAAAAUUGCACAAUUUCAGAAACUAAUAGAAAAUCAAAAAAAUGAAUUAAAAAAAAAAAGUGAUGAAUUAAAUCAAAUAAAGGCUAAAGUACAUCAAUAUUUUUAUGACAUUAACAAUCCUAAUAAAAGAAACUUUUCCAUUUUAUCACCAGAUGUAUAUUGA